AUUUUUUUUUUAGAAAAAGCCUAGCUGAAUCUGAAGCCCCACCACAGCCCCCAGCUCGCUCUCACACUCUCGUCUCUAACGGCACACCACAGACACACAGGCAGAGCUGGGAGCUCGCCUCGGUUCACGGACACUGCAUGCUCGCCGACGUCGCUGCGCCUCUCGCCGGAUCCUCCGCGUCGUGUGCUCCUCUCUCCUCCGUCUGAGCUCGGCUGCUCGCGCGUCUCUCGCCUCCGCGUCUGCUCGAGCGCCUGCUUGUGUCGUCGCCACGCCUCCCUCGCCUCUCUCCCUCCUCACGUCUCUGCUCGACUUUGCUUCCUGCUCGCGUCUCACCGCGCCUCCCCCGCCUCUCCUCCGUCUCUGUGGGUGGUUGUUGCUGCUCGUCCCUCAUCGUCUGUGCCUCCGUGGUUGUUGCUGCCUGCACGCUGCCGUGGGUCGUCCACCUUCUGGAAUUGAUUCUGCCUCUGCAACAACAGCUACAGGAAAGCAAACAAGCAUCAAGAAGAAGGAUAUAGAGACACGUGUAGCUCCAUUCUGGAUUUUAAGGAGAUAAAAAAAAGAGUGAAGUCUGAUGAAUAUGUUGAAGCAAGCAGUCGGAAGAAUUUGGAAAAGCAGCAGUGGUUAUGCUUCAGAAGAAGGAACAAAAAUUUUGGCUUGGAGUUAUGUUCCUUCGUUCUAUUUCCACAAUACACAAGCUCAUACAGCACCUAGAAGCUUUUUCGGUGUUGAGGAUUUCCUUGAUGAUGACAGCAGCAAACCUUACACUUACCAGAAAGGGAAGAAAUCAAAGAAUCCGGAUAAACAUGUAUCGUUCAAACAAAGAACUGUUGCAUACAUGGAGCCUUUUACCCUUGAUGUGUUCAUCUCAAAGCGUUUUGUGUCGGCUUCGCUCACCCAUAGAGUGACAAGCAAACAGGUUGCAGUUUCUGGUACCAACUCCAAGGACAUAAAAGCUGUUCUUAAAUCUCGUUCAGACAUACCAGCUUGCAUAGCAAUUGGAAGGAUUUUGGCCGAAAGAGCAAGAGAAGCUGAUGUUUACACUGCCUCUUAUACUCCAAGGGAUAGGGAUAAAUUUGAAGGGAAAAUCAGAGCUGUAGUUCAAUCACUUAUUGAUAAUGGGAUUGAUGUCAAGGUUUAUCUUGAUUGAGUUAUUAUUUAUUAACAUCUAUUUGAGCAAAACUUGCCAACUAAAUUAUUGAGAUUUUAGUUAGGGAUGUAGGUUUGGUAAAGUUUUUUAAAGAGGUAUAAAUAUUUUUUGUGUUUG